AUGCAGGUAUACCCAGAGCCUGCCCCGCCCUCCCCUGUGGAGAACCUACGGUGGUUGGAAGAUAAUCUAGACGUGACAUAUUCCCCUGUAUGCUGCUCCUACAAUGCUGGGACGACGACCUUGCUCCUGCGGCUACCGAACGCAGGGGAGGUAACCGGCGUUGCUCCGUGUCCCGGCACGAAUGUCGGGGGUCCGGGUCGUGAUGCUGUGCUAGAUGUUUUAGGGUGGCGGCAUGACGGUGGAAGGGAGCAGAACCUGGUAGAUAUUUUUGGCCGCAUUCAAGAUUUAGAUGCGUUGCAGCUGCAGCGCCUACCCGGUUCUUGGGGCGCAGCAGAUGGGGUGGUGUUAAGGCUUCCGAAGGACCAGAACAGUUUUACCGUUCACGCAGGACCUGAGGUUGGUUCGCUCGCGCAGAUCGAGGAAGCCGCGGGUUCUUGUGAAGGCGCAUCCACCAAUGCGGAGCGUUUGGAGUCUUCUCUUUCCCGUGCGGAGUUGAAGCAGCGCGAGGAGGCUUACAGUUUGCGCAGCUUCCUGAAUUCAUGUUUGAUGUUACCUGGUAGCCGUAGGCUGUCUGGUGGAUGGAGGAAGAAGGUCUGUGCAUCUGCAGAUUCUCAGCUGUCGCGCAGCUCCGAGCCUGCAUAUUCGCGUGGUCUGCCGUUCCUGCAGUGGCGUGGCAGGUUCCCGAAGGCAGCUGCUUCAGCAGUCCCCGGUUCUACAGGGGAUGGGCCAGGGCCGUCGAGAGGAGCGGGUAGCGCCAAAAAGCGCUUCUCUCGCUCAGGUGGGGGAUAUGCCGAUCAGAAGCACGAGGCCCACGUGGGGGGAGGGAUAGUGCAGCACUCGAGUCGUCUGUUGUCCCUAAGAAGAAAAGGCAAGGGGGGAGGGUCGUCCGAGAGCAGCAGGACCAAUGUUGCGUCGACGUUGUCCUUGGGAUCUUUAGGCUGA